CCUCUACUGCAGUUGAAAAUACUUGGGAGCGGAGGCUGAUUUUUGACGAUGUAACCGGUCUCUGAGAGGAUAUGGCGAGAAUUUGAAUGAGAAACCCCUUCGUGUUGUGCAUACCCAUCGCAAGAAGGGCUUAUGUGCUCCUCGCCGCUUGAUUUCCGACUCGGGGUGCUCAGUGUUGUCGGGGUAGAGUCCGUUUCAGCUGCACUGCAUCAACAUGGGUGUGAUUGGUGUGCAGCUGGUGGUUACCAUGGUAAUGGCCAGUGUAAUUCAGAAAAUCAUACCUCAUUAUUCCUUCGCAAGAUGGCUACUCUGCAGUGGCAGUCUGCGGUGGUAUCAGCACCCUACGGAAGAUGAGUUGAGGAGCUUAGCUGGGAAACAAAAAGGACAGAAGAAGAAAGACAGGAAGUACAACGGUCACAUAGACAAUAAGCCGCUAACGGUUCCAAAGGAUAUAGAUCUACAGCUGGAGACGAAAUGCAUCGCAGAAGUCGACACAUUAGCAUUGCAUUACUUCCCAGAGUUCCAGUGGCUGGUGGAUUUCACAGUAGCGGCAACUGUGGUCUAUCUGAUAACAGAACUCUACUACAGUGUGGCUCAGCCCUCAGGAGAGAUGAACAUCAGUGUGGUCUGGUGCCUGCUAGUACUCGCUUUUGUCAUUAAGACCCUUUUCUCUCUCACGGCUCACUACUUCAAGCUGGAGGAAGGAGGGGAGCGUUCACUCUGCAUUACUUUUGCUUUCUUCUUUUUUGUCAAAGCCAUGGCCAUCCUCAUUGUCACUGAAAACUACCUGGAGUUUGGUUUGGAAACAGGUUUUGCAAACUUCUCUGACAGUGCUCUACAGUUUCUGGAGCACCAGGGCUUAGAGUCCCAGGGUCCCAUAUCUAAACUCACCUUCAAACUGAUCCUGGCCUUGCUCUGCUCCCUGAUUGGAGCCUUUCUAACUUUCCCUGGUCUUCGAUUGGCCCAGAUGCACCUAGAUGCACUCAAUCUGACCACAGCCAAAUUUACACAGACUCUGCUUCAUAUCAACUUCCUGUCCCCUCUUAUCAUGGUCCUGCUGUGGGUGAAGCCCAUUACCAAGGACUACAUAAUGAACCCCACUCUGGAAAAGGAGAAUGUGCCUUUGAUGACUGAGGAUACGUAUGAUACGUUGCGGUUAUGGGCCAUCAUACUGAUGUGUAUGCUCCGGCUCGCUAUGAUGAGACAUCAUUUGCAGGCCUACCUCAACCUGGCCCAGAAGGGUGUGGACCAGAUGAAGAAGGAGGCGGGACGGAUAAGUACUGUUGACCUGCAGAAGAUGGUUGCACGUGUUUUUUACUACUUGUGUGUAAUCGCACUACAGUAUGUGGCACCACUGGUGAUGCUGCUGCAUACAACUUUGCUGCUAAAAACCUUAGGUGGACACUCCUGGUGGGUCUAUCCUGAAGAAGACCUGCCGUGCAUCUAUGAUAUUAACUCUGACUCUGUGAUGGGGGCCGCACCAAUAGCAGCCCCAACACCAGCUUCAGUGGGAGAAACAGGAGCCCGGGCAUCAGUAGCCCAGCUGUCAAUGGCCCUGGGAGGCCUGCGGACUGUCUUCAGCCCAUUGCUUUUCCGGGGCCUCUUCUCCUUCUUUACUUGGUGGAUUGCUGCCUGCCUCUUCUCCACCUCCCUCUUCGGCCUCUUCUAUCAUCAGUAUCUCAUGGCGGCAUAGCAUCACCAGCCCAGCAGUGGCAGCCACACCCCCACAGGGCCACUGUACGUCUGGCCUGAUCAGAAAGGACUGAGUGGGGGCGACAGAGGCCUACUGAUGACUCUGCUCACCAACCUCUCCCUUCCCUCCCUCUGACCACCUCAACAAUGACUGACCAUAUCAUCAGAGCUCCUGGUUCAAUUUCCAGUGCUUCCUCCACAGAUGACUCUGUGAACUCUUGUCAUUGUUUUUACUACAACGACCACUACCUUUUUAUUUGGAGAGCGAGAUUUAUAAACUUUAAUAACAGACGGACUUAGAAGAAUAUUAAUCGGUGUCAGUGUAUUGGCAUAAUAAUGAGAAAUCGGUCCAGUUUGCUGUGUGAAAUUUGAAUGAUAUGAGGUAAAAUAAUGUCUCAGAUGCUGAUUACAAUUGAUUUUACGUGUUGAAAUGUGGUAUGGCAGUUCUGCUCAGUUCCACCAGUGGCAGAAGGGGUUUAAUUAAUGUUCUUGUUGAUAUUUUUGUUUUUAAACUGAGCUCAUAUGAUGAGUUUGAUCCAUCAACAUCUUCAGAAUUCUGAUAGAUUUUACUUUAGAAAGCCUUAAACGCAGCCUCUUACAGCUCCAUGCAUGUAGGAGUCCGAUUCCAGACUGUCCCUCUUCUUUAAAUCUAUUUCCAGUGGUCACUAAGGCUUGUUUAAGCUAGUAUUGGCAAUGAAUUACAUCAGACUUAUCCAGGAAAAGCCUCUGGAGUUACUCUGCAUGACUGGAUACAUGCUGUUAGGUUUAAGUUUUAUUAUUUGCAGGUCCUGGACAUUAAGAGUCAUGCAACCAUCUAUAUUCCAGUCUGUAUCACAGCCCAUUAUAAGACUUAUUUCCCACAGUGACAGGUUGUAGAGAAGCUACAUUAAUGUCACAGAAUAUCAUUGAAUCUGGAGAUGUUCGUGGAGGCUAAUGUGUGACCUCAUAUUAGCUUAAAAUCACUGUGUUUUUAAAGGUUUGGGGAAAACUGCCAUACUUGUGCCCGAUGUUUGUCUUUUGAUCAAAACUUUAAAAUAUGUGUGUUCAAACAAAAUUGCCUGCUUAACUAAAAUGUUGAAAUUCCAUUGCCACGGACCACAAAAGUGUCUGAAAUAGUCUUAAAACGUCGCAGCAAGGACUGGUGCGUCUCUGUUGGUUGGGGGAGGAAGGAGGGAGGGGCAGCCUUUCCAGAAUGGCUGUCAGCUAAACAGGGUCAGAAUGUGGACAACCCGAAGAAGAGCUGUACCUGCAGAGGAGGAAGAGAAGACGUUAAACUCAUGGGAGACAUCUCAUUGACUUGAAGCUGAUGUAUUUAAAUGUUUAAUCUGCGUCGUAACCUCCCCGGUUUUUUAACUGAGCCAUUUUAGAAGCUACGAGUGAAUUUUAAGCUCCUUUUUCGGAGCGGCAGAGAUGAUUUAAAGGGAGGACAGCACUGAGGGUUCAGUCGAGGUAUGUGCUUGUGUCUGUGUGUCUGUCUGCAUGUGUAGGAUCUCUGCUGUUAGGUCAGCUGUAAUCUGAAAGGGCAUUGUGAUCAAGAGGAGAUGAUGUCAACUAAUGUUGAUAAGCUACCGCCUUUAUGUUCUGCUUUUCUUUUUUUUUUUUCAACUUAUACCCAUCCAUUGCUUUUAAACUCGUUUGAGAACAAUCGUUUUGUUUCGUAUUCUUUUUCUCAUGGAUCAAAUUGUGAAUUUGUACAAGUUUUCACUUUUAAAAAUGGUGCCAAGUGAGUGUGUUCCCCUGUCCCAGUGGCUAAAGAUUUGGUGUCUGCAAGUGUUCGAAACUGUAACUGGACUACAACUCUGCGGCCUUCUGUUUUCUGUAGAUCCAUCUUGAUAAAGAAGGAAUCAAAAGCCGUUGUUCACAGCAACACAAUGGUAUUAACAGUGUCUUUGCAUACUGCAGUUUUCUGGUGGGUAAAUGUACGCACAAACAGUCAUUGGGCCCUAACAUGAUUGUUCAGUCCAUUCAGGAAUGUAGGAUACAUGGUGCCAGAUUACUACAGGUCUCUGGCAUUUCAUUUUGUCAUUAUUACACCACAGAGUUCUAAUCUCUGAACUCCAGCUCUGUGAGUUUUGUACAGGACACAUUUUACAAACUCAAGCAGCACCAUAUCACAUUUUUUAGCUCCAGAUGUCGAAAGUCUUAGCUUCAGUUUUGUGUGUGUGAACUAUGGGGGAAUAUGCACAUAAUGAAUGUAUCAAUCCUGCCUAAUUUGUAGAUUGUUUUCAGGAAAAUGAUUUGUAUGGUGAGUUGAAUUAAUACGCCCCUCUCCCCCCACUCCCCUGCACUUCCUCAAGUCUUUACUACCAUCUGUUAAAUCUACCUUUCAAACUAAUCCUAAUUUGUCGUAACGACUGUUUUAAUCGAUUGAUUUAUCUUUGUUUUUGUAUUUAUUACACAUGCCGAGGCCUGUAAACAUUUCUGAUUUUAACAGCGCACACUUUAUUUUGUUAUUGGAGUCCACGAUGGCUUAAUUGAAUCAUUUUUGAAACCGUGUUUGACAAAUCAAUUGCAGAUUAACUUUUUUUUUUUUUUUUUAAUGGUCUGGUCCGUUAAAAAGUAGCUGGGAUACUUUCAGAAUUCAGUGGCCUGAUGAGGCGAUGUUUCUUCUGUUAGUUACCACUGAAAGUGUUUAUUGUCCAUUGUUGGGUUCAUGAAAUAAAUUACACACAUUGUUCUUUCAUGUAUUUAUUUCUGCUUUAGAUUCUUAAAUAAAUUAUGUUCUUUA